GGUUGAGUCGUGCACUCCCUUCAUCUCCUCCUCAUCCUCUAAUGUCAGACGGAACUCGGCUACGUCAGUCAUGGUACAGUGCUUUAGGCGAGGCUGAAGCGAGCUUCAAGCAGCUCCUCGCUUCCCACUCAUCCCCAGACUGGAAACGAAUAUCGUUAUCAGGAGACACGACCGCUCCGUCCAAGGGGAAAGCAAGAGCGGGCGCCACCCCGGAACUGGCGGACGUUGUAGUCCACCGCAAGGCUACUAAAUCCGGGGACGGCAUAUACCGCCUUGUUCUCGAUGUUCAAAACAUCGACGAGCCCGUUUCACUCGACGCAUGGAAGGCCGUCCUGAGCACACCGGAGACGCGGCAAGAAUGGGACCCGGCGGUGGAGAGAGCGCAGCUCGUGGAAAUGUUUGAUCAUAGGACACGGGUGGCCAAGACUAGCUUUACGCUUGGGUGGCCUGCAAAUCCCCGCGAUGCUGUAACAAUAUCCCGCCUGUACCAGGACUCGUCCACCGUCAUCGACAUCUCGACCUCAUUACCACGUUCCCCUGACGAGCCCCGGUACCUCCGCCCUUCUCCCCCUUACGUCAGAUCAGACGUUGCACUCUUUGCGUGGUGCGUACAGCUCAUCCAGCCCUCCAUGCCGCAGUCGCCCCAGCCCGCAGAGGCCCUGCGCAAGAAACUCUCUACGGCCCCUCGCAUACGAAUUACCUGCUUUUGGCAGCACGACCUCCGAUCGAUGUGGAACAUCUCCACCAACGCCUCGGUAUGCCAGCAGCUCAGCACGAUGAUGCUCGGCCUCUACAAGACCGUCAAGACGCGCGGCGCGCGCAUACCGAUGCUGACCGGCUACGGCUACGGCAUCAGCAUCGAGCGCAUCCGCUUCCAGCUGGAUCGGCAGGCGCUUACGCUCGACUACACCGUCCACCCCGAGGACGAGGAACACGGCGCGCACGCGGCAGAGGAUAAUGGGGGCGUCAGCGAGCUGGAUGUGAUCAAGGAGCACCGGAGGCUGACACGGUCGAUCGAGUGCUUUUUACCGCCAAAGGAGGGCUGGGACGUGCAGAUCACGACGAAAGCGUCCUCAGAGAAGGUCGAGACGCUCCCUUGGACGCUCGACGCGACGCAAAAGCGCUCCGUGUCCAACAAGUCCACCAACGAGCCCAUCGUCUUUAAACUCGCGCAUUCGCCGCUGCCCGACGACACCUCCAUCCUCAAAGUCCAUUGCGUCAUCGAGCUCUCGGGCCCGUCGAGCGGCAUCCGUCUGAACGGGAUUCCGAAGGCCAUACAGGGGAUCGAGGAGCGCGAUCCGUCGGCGUUUAUGAUCUCGCAGGGGCCGCUCCAGGACGUCUCCGAGUCGAGUUUCCAGACGGAUCCCUCCGUCACGUCGUCGCAGAGCGCUGGCUCUGUAAAGUCGAAUGAGUCUACUGCCUCUGUGGCGCGCCCGCAGAUCGCACGCACGCUCAGCGAGCGGUCGGCUGCUGCUGAGAAGUCGAUAUUGACCCGCGUGAGGCGGAGCUAUAUCUACUUUUCGUCGCUUUUGCAAGAGCCGGAAGCGAAGUGGAAGUCAACUACGGACGCUCGUGGUGUUUCUGUCACUCAGCUGGACUCCAUUGACCCCACGCUCGUGGUGUACAGAGCAGAAGCCACCUUCGUCGGCGUUGGGCUGUGGGAUCUGUUUGGCGCUCUGAUGACUCCGGGCGCCCGAGUGUUCUGGGACAAGCAGCACGAAGACGCCACGUUACUGGAAGACGUUAAUGAGCUUACGCAACUAUGGCAUUUCCGGACGAAGCCUGCUUGGCCUGUCAAUGGACGCGACGCUGUACUCUUACGAACCGUCUACAAAUCCCCCACGACCAUUCACGUUUUCGCCUUCUCCGCCGACGACCCAUACCUCUUCCCCAACAUCCCGCAAGCCGACCCCAACGUCAUCCGGACGCAAGUCGACCUGCAGGGCUGGGCGAUCGAGGCGCUCUCGCCGAGCACGACGCAGCUCACGCUGCUCGAGCAGUCCGACCCCAAGGGCUGGUCGAACAAGGCGUCGAUCCCGCAGCAGAUGGUCAACGCCGUCGCGGGCGUGGGCGAGUACACGAUCAAGUGCGGCGGGCCGCCCGUCGUCACGCGGCUCGAGGGCGCCAAGGCGACCGAGGUGCGGUACGACCACGAGCGGGGGAUGCUCCGCGUGGAGUACGAGAAGGCGGACAGCCGCAGGAUCCCGAAUCCGCCGGUGUCGUUGCCAUUGGCGGCAGCGGGGCCGGCCGACGCUGAGAGGACGCCGGCGCUGUCGUCGUCGUCGGCCCAGACGAUCGAGUGCGAGCUCCGCUGCGAUCUCGACACGUGGGCGGCGGCGCUGGACAUCGUCGCGGACCCGCCGCCGCAGAACGUGACGUGUCUGCGGCGGCACCGGCUCUCUGCCGGCGGCGGGGGGCUGUGGCUGAGUCUGACGCACGACGCGAUGUUCGCGACCGACGAGCGGCUGCAGAUUAUCGUGCGGCGGGGCCCGUCGGUGUCGGGGAAGGACAAGGGCACGGUGAUGGUCAACGGGGCGAAGGUCGCGGUGGACGUCGAGGAGAUCGCGGAGCAGGAGAUCAAGGCGCUCACGAAGCAGAAGCGCAUCAAGCCGGUGCGGGUGCCGCUCGAUCAGCCGCCGGUGGUCAAUGCCGUGCGGAGGCGCAAGGCGGAGUGGGGCGUGGACAGCGCGGAGGCGACGCCGAGGAGCAGUUCGCCGGUGCAGGAGCUGCCCAAGUCGCCUGUGGGCGCGUCGUCGCCUGCGGGGUCGCCGGCGUUGUCGUCGUCGCCUUCGUCGGGGUGGCUGUUGUCGGCGCCGCGGUUCUCGAGUCCGCUGACGAGUUUUUGGACGUCGGCGGUGGAGUCGGCGGCUGCGAGCACGCAGCAGGCUAUGGCUGCGAUUUCUCCGGCGGUGGGCGUCAGCCUCGGUGAAGGAACCGAAGUGGAUUCGUCGCGGACGCCCAUGCAGCACGCGGUGAACGCUUUGCACGCCGUGCACGCGCUCCAAUCCGACCCAAACCCCGAAGGAUGGACGCCCGUGAGCGACAAGGGCAUCGCGGUGCAGCGCAAAGUUGUACCCAACAUCUCGUCUUUAAUUCCAGUGCACCGGGGGGAGAAAGUGAUCGAGGGCGUCGCCGCGGAGGAGGUCGCGGCGGUCGUGACAGCGUACGACUGCCGGCGGCAGUGGGACGACCGGUUCGACAGCGCGAGCGUGCUCGAGGCAGUCGACGCCAAGUGCCACGCCGCAUUCGUGGUCUCCAAAGGCGGCUUCCCAUUCCGCGACCGCGGGUUCUAUCUCGCGUCGCUCGUCGCACGCGCCCGGCUCCCGCCCGCGAGCAUCAACACGCCCACAGGGGACGACAGCGGGCCCACGGCCGACGCCGGCUCGGGUCUGGUGGGCGCUGCCGCGCGCACGGUGACGAUCUGCGUGGCGACGUCGUUCAGCGCGGCGUCGGCGGGGCGGUUCGCGGCGGAGAAGUACAACGCGUACGGGCUGCCGAUCGGGCGCGUGUUCGUGGACGCGUGGGUGCUCGAGACGCUGGACCCGUACACGAAGGAGAACUAUAUGAUCCCGUCGACGCGGUGCACGCGCGUGGUCGCUGUCGACUAUGCGGGCUCGAUUCCGGCUGCGGUGAACAUGAUGAUCAACGGGACGCUCGCGUCGCGCUCUGUGCUUGCGCUCGAGGCGUACAUGAAGGGCGCGGGAUUUGCGCCGAGCCCGCUCACGCGGCUGCCUGCGCCGGGGCUGGUGCUUGCGGAAGCGAAGGACGCGGCGCCGGACAGUCAGGCGUGGAAGUUCAGGAGGAGGGACGACAGCAGGGUGCUUAUUGCGAGUCAGUUCACGCCCGAGGAUAGGGUGUACACGAGCUCGCUGCUGAUCACUACGGGCGGGCUCUCUCCGGCGUCGUUGCCGUCGAUCUCGGCAGCACCGUCGACGUCAAAAGUCGAAGAGAAUACGGCGAAGCUCAAUUCUGGCGCCAGCGUCAUCGCGGCGACGCCUUCCUCACCCCCAAAUGGCAACGGCAGCGCUGGCGUCAUACCGUCUGACGUCCGGCCCGAUCGGACUGAGAUGCCGUCUCCAUCCCCGACGGCGUCUGUCUUUUCUGCCUCCGCGUCGAGCAACAACAACAACAGCUCCACCUUGGAUCGGCGGCGCGCCGCCUCGGUAUCACAAACAACAGGGGGGCACACGAGGGCUGCGACGCUAUCGGGCUCUCCGAGCUCGGUUAUCACGCCACCGCCGCCGCCUUCGCUGUCAACGUCGGUGCCCCGCGCGGGCACGCUGUCGGUGGGCCGGAGCGCGGGGGAGAGGCUGCGCACGAGCUCGUCGGCGUUUACGCUCAAGGGCGAGGUGAAGCAGCCGUUGGACUUGGUUGUAGCGGAAAUCGUGGUGGACUGUAAGCUCUAUCCCGAGGGGUACGAGGCGCAGGUGUAUUCGCGUCCGCGGGGAUCCGGUCCUCAUUCUACCUCUGGUUCUGGUUCUGGUUCUGGUUCUGGUUCUGGUUCAAGUACGCGACGUUGUCACCAUGUCGCGCUGCAGCGCCCCAAGGACCUGCUGCACGUGCUCCCGCUCACGUACGCGGUGUACACUGUCCCCGCGUCGCCGCUGCACUCGUCGGGACUGAGCGCGGACGCGGACGACCGCGCGCCGCGGCAUCUGCUGAGGCUGGGCUUGCCGACGGCGCAGUUCCAGGUGUCGACGGUGCAGGAUCCGCUGACGGGCGAGACGCGCGGUGCGCCGCCGCGGCCGGCGUGGCUCGUCGAUCUGCAGGAGAAGGGGUUCAUCGUGGACGUGCGGAUUAAGCCGGCUGUCGCGGCGCGGCGCGGGGCGUAUGUUGUGACGGUGGACGGGGAGAGUGUGCAGGUUGUGGCGGAGAAGGAGGCGCUGACGACGCUGGGGAGGGACGAGUUGCAGGAUGACAAGGUGGCGAGGAUGGCGGUGCUGACGAGGAUGAAUGGCCCGGCGGACGCGUUUCCCGAGGAGCUGAAGACGCCUGUUGGGCUGGCUGAGCAUCUGCUCGAUGCGAGUGCGGUGGUUCCCGUCAGCGAUGCCGCGGACGCUGAAGCGAAGACGAGCGAGGGUGGAACAUCCGCUUCCGAAGAGGGGCAGAACGGAUCUAUAGACCCGGACGUGCCCGAGAAUGGGCUAGCGGCCACGACUCGGAGUGGGGGCCAUGCUGCGCCAGCGUCAUCGGCUGGGUCUUCUGUUGGGGGCCUGCUGGGGUUCUUGAACGCGUAUCCCAACCCGCUCACACGUUGGGCGUCUGGGUCUUCUUCUUCUGGGGCCGCGAAGCCAGUCGGUGCCAACGGUAAUGGUGGCGAUGGCAGCGGUGGCGGUGGACGUGCCGGCCGGACGUCGGAGGCGAAUGGUCGGCGUGGCAAGGACGGGAGGAGAGCGUCGUCACGGGCUGGUACGGGCGAGCGGGGCAAAGGCAAAUCGGGUGGCAAGAGCAGUGCUGGUGGUGGGGGGGUCGGCAGCGCGACUGCGGCUGCGACGGCCACGCUGAGUUCUGCGGCGGCGGGGCUGGGGGAGGCGCGGUUCUCGCUGUGGAUGGUGAUGAUGACUGCACUGAUCGCGUUUUUGAUCGGGUCGCUGUUGCGGUCGCUGCUCUCGCCGGCGGACUUUAUCUACGUGGUGUCGGACCUGGCGGAGGCGGAGGAGAUGGAGGCGGGGUGGCGGGAGAUCAAGCGGCUUGUGGAGGUGAAGUAUAUGGUGGGCGGGUGGGAUUUCCAGAUUGCGGCAGUUCGCCGACAUUAGUUUAUGACAUAGAGGAUUUGGACAUGAUAUUUUAUUU